AUGCGGCCGGAUGGAAUUUCGAGUUUGAAUGGUCUCUCUCAAGCCUCUAACGGCUCCACUGCAUCUUCGUCCCAGAAGGCGGGUCUUUCGCACGCCUUGAAUGGCCAGGCCUCGUUUGUUGCGUCCAACGGUGAUCUGCACACGAACGGUUCGCAGAAACUACCCCCCGCGUCGUCGUCAUAUUUCGGUCAUGAUCGAGAGGAAGUCACCCGGAUACUGAUCCAGAGUCUGUUCGAGCUGGGGUACAAUGGAUCGGCGUCGAUGCUGAGCAAGGAAAGUGGUUAUCAGCUGGAAAGUGCUGGCGUUGCUACGUUCCGGGCUGCGGUGUUGGACGGGCGAUGGGCCGAGGCCGAGAAGAUCCUGAUACAUUCGUUUUAUCCAGAUGGAAACGGGCGGUCGUUAAGUAACGGUCGGGAUUACACACCUGCGAAGGAGAGAUUGGUUCUGGUGGAAGAUGCCGAGCUAAAUGAGAUGCUCUUCUACCUCCGACAGCAGAAGUUCCUGGAACUGCUGGAGAGCCGUGAUCUCGGAGCUGCACUCAUAGUUCUUCGACACGAGCUGACGCCUCUCAAUUACGACAUUGCUCGUCUUCAUGCUUUAUCCAGUCUUCUCAUGUGUCCUCCGGAGCAUCUUCGCGAUCAAGUUGGCUUGAACGGCCCAAUGGCUUUUUCGCGGGAACAACUAUUAUCGGAUCUAUCCAAAUCCAUCUCCCCGUCCGUGAUGAUCCCGGAUAAUCGUCUGGCUAUAUUGCUUAAUCACGUCAAGCAAAAUCAGAUCAACCAAUGCCGAUAUCACAACACCGCAUCUCCCCCGUCAUUGUAUUCGGACCAUAUGUGCGACCGCAAUGAUUUCCCGCUUCGAACAGGGAUCGAACUGAACCAACACUCCGACGAAGUCUGGUACUGUCAAUUCUCCCAUGAUGGCACGAAGUUAGUCACGGCUGGCCGGGACCAUAGCGUCAUCAUUUACGACACGACAACGUUUGCCGUGAUUCACAAGUUGAUGGAUCACGACGACGGAGUGGCUCAUGCCAGCUGGAGUCCGGACGAUACCAAACUCAUUACCUGCUCCCAGGACAAGAAAGCUCGCGUUUGGAACGUUGAGACGGGUCGCUGCCUCUUAACCAUCAAUCAUCAUCGUCAACCAGUAACAGCUGCCGCUUGGGCUGCCGACGGAGAGUCAUUUGUGACGGCUUCGCUUGAUUUGAGCUCGCAACUGUGCCAUUGGAGCUUGCGCGGCCAUGCUAUUUAUAUGUGGCCGGGCGGGUUCCGCGUUCAAGACUGUGUUAUCACCCCUGACGGUCGACGAUUGUUGGCGGCAGAUGUCGAAGAAAAGAUCCACGUUUAUAAUUUCACGACUCACGAAGAGGAAUAUUGCCUUCCGUUGAAGAGCAAGCCUACGUCCGUUGCCGUCAGCAAAGACUCUCGCCAGAUGCUGGUGAACCUCUCAGAGGGCCAAAUACAGCUCAUCGAUAUUGACACCACCAACGUGAUCCGACGGUUCCAAGGGCAGAAGCAGGGUUCUUUUGUCAUCCGAAGUGCCUUCGGAGGAGCGGUGGAGAACUUUGUUGUCAGCGGGAGCGAAGACUCGCGUGUUUAUAUUUGGCACAGAGAAAACGGGACGGUUGUGGAAACCCUGGAGGGACACAUCUCGGGAUGCGUCAAUGCGAUAUCAUGGAACCCCACCAAUCCCGGCAUGUUUGCUACUGCCGGUGAUGAUUGCCUGGUCCGAAUCUGGACCCGAGAACGUGAUACCCACCCUAAUGCCUUGAUGGGUAAAAACCGAGCCGUAUCGGCCAGUGGAUUUGCACGAACCAGUGCUUUACGUUCAACAUUCACCCCUUAA